AACUACUAAAUAUUGUUAUUCUUAUUUCUAAUUGAAUGAAAUACACAGUAAUAACAGCCUUGUUCCAUAGAGAAACAUCAAACUACUCCCCAACACACAAACACACUCAUGCACACCCACACACACACACACACACAGACUCCAGAUUACAUAUUUAUUUCUCCUGCAAGUCUGCAGUCACUCCCAUGGUGUCCGGGGAGUACAGUCAGCACCGGGACCGAGCUGCCAUGGCCUCCCGGAUCUCGUUCACCCAGCUGCGCUUGGAAGCGGAGCUGGAUCGGUACCGGGCUGAGUGCCAGUGGGACAAGAUUCCUCCUAUCGUCGAACACAUGCAGGCUGCGCGAAUGCACGAAGAGGAUGACUAUGGGACACUGCUGUUAGCUGAAGCCCUGCUGGAAGAGUCCCUGCAGGAAAAUGGGGACCUGUUAAGGAAGUCCACACCUUUGAUAGACAAGAUGCAACCAAGAUUAUGCCGGGCCAAAAACUACCUCAACAUCAUCCUGAGCCGAGGCCGUCUCACUCCCCGGUAUUUGAACGAGGCUCUGCUGCUGAUGGCCAAAGUGCACUAUGUGCAGGGCUGUCACCGGGAUGCCCAGGGAAUGUGCGCAAGGGUGGGACUGGAAGAGCUGACACAGGAAAACCAACCCACCUACCACCUCCGCUUACUGGCCGAGGCCUUUGUAAUUAAAGGGCUUUCUUUGGACCACCAGGCACUUUCAUCAGUGUCCCGUAUCCGUCUAUUGGAGAGGGAGGAGGAGAGUCUGUCCUGUUUCCUCAUGGCCUGCGAUGCGGCUCUGUCCUAUCUGCAAGAGCUCGAUAAGACAGUUACGACGCCCCAGACAAAGACAUCCAAAGUUUUGCCACCCGUGGACUUUGACCUGGGUUUCUUCCUACAGGCAGCCCUCCAGAGUGCUUACCUGUGUUUGCUGCAGAGAGGUCAUCUAGCACAAGGUGCCCACCAACUACGUCGUGUGAUGAGGGUGGUCGAGUCACGAGGGUCUCAGGGUUUCAGGAAGGCUGCUGCGAGGAAGCUCGCGGAGGUGCUGCUGAGCUCAGUGACUGAGGACAGUUACUGGCCCCCACUGGGCCCCCCACCCUCUGCCUGGCUCCGGAGAGAGGGAGCCGCCACCUUCAAAGAUGCGCUCUACCCCACCAUCAAACCACCACAGCGUUACAUGACUGACAGUUGCUUCUGUCCCCAGGAUGUGGUAGAAGAGGCUGUGUUGCUGCUUCUCAUCACAGAGUCCAUGGCCAGCGGCGAUGCAGUCAUCAGUCGCCUGCCUGAUCAGGCCGAGGCUCGCCAGGUCACCCUGCAGAAUUCGCUCUCCGUCUACGACCUUCUCACUAUCGGCAUGGUUAGGAGGGGGCAGGUCACUAUGUUGUCUGAGUGUCUGGAACGGGCAAUGAAGUUUUCUUUCAAUGAAUUCCACCUCUGGUACCAGCUGGGCCUCUCACUCAUGGCUUCUGGAAAGGCGGUUGGUGCUGUGUCUGUGUUUAAAGAAUGUUCCAGGAUGAGACCAGAGGACCCGUUGCUGCCCCUGUUGGCUGCAAAAGUCUGCAUUGGUCAGCUGCACUGGUUCUCAGAAGCAGAGGCUCUGUCCCAAAGUGUGGUGGCAAUGGGAGAAGGAGCUGGGGAAUCUCUUUCGAGGGCCUACUUGGCUUUGGGACUCUCAUACAGUUUGCAAGCUUCUGAUGCCUCUUUGAAAGAAGAUCGGAAUGAAUACAACAAAAAAGCACUAAGAAUUAUGAGAAAGGCUAAUUCAUUAGACCCACAGGAUGCGCACAUUGCCAUGUGCCUGGCGCUGCAGUUGGCGCUUGUACGGCAGGUAUCAGCAGCUAUGGAACCCCUGCAGCAGGCUUUAUCUAUCCAAGGGGAUGACUUGCACUCCCUCCACUUGCUGAGCCUUCUCCUCAGUGCUCAGAAACACCACCGCCAUGCCCUGGACACCCUGGGACUGGCCCUCAGCCAACACCCCGACAACUUCAAUUUGCUGUUCACGAAGGCUAAGCUCGAAGAAGUCUUGUAUGGCCCAGCUGUGGCCUUACAAACCUGUCAGGAAAUGCUGCAAAUUUGGCAAAGUCGCUAUGAUGUCAGCCGUGCAACUGAGCCAGAUGACAGUAGCAGUACACCAGUGGUUGAGAGGCCGGAUGCCAGCCCCGGAGUCAGCAAAGCAUCCAUCCACCUCACUCUGCCUGACUUCCAAGAAACCUCCACUGGUUCAAUGAGUCCAUCAUCGCUUGCAGCAUCCCGUCUUGAGGCGGUGCUGUCAGACGUGUCAGAUAUUAGCUCCGUGCAUCGCCAAGGGCCCAUGUACAUCUGGACCACCCUAGAACGCAUUUGGCUCCAAGCUGGAGAACUGUUCAUGGAGGAUGGUCGACUGAAAGAGGCGCAAUUUUGCAUAGCCGAGGCCAGCUCACUCUUCCCCAACUCGCACUCAGCGUUGCUGCAGAGGGGCCACCUGGCCGAACUCCGGGGUCAAAUGGAGGAGGCGAAAAGUCUUUACGAUGAAGCCCUGGCUAUCAACCCAACUGGGGAGCGCGUACUGGUGCAAAUGGGCCGGCUCCUGGUGAAAACAGGGCAUGCACACCUCGGGGAGAAGGUCCUACGCGAUGCGGUUCAGGUCCACAGUACGUCACAUGACGCGUGGAGUGGACUGGGAGAGGCGCUGCAGUUUCUGGGAUCCAGUCAGGCCCCCGACUGUUUCCUCACAGCUCUGGAGCUGGAAGCUUCCUGUCCCGUCCGACCCUUCACGAUCAUCCCCAGGGAGCUCUGAGGUGCCUGGACUGGACUGUAGGUUUCCAACAACCAAACAGAUUCUACGCUCGUGCAACCAAAGACAUUCGGGUGGACAUCAAGGCUACUUGUUUACAUUCUAAAACCAAAACAUUGGUAAGAUCUUCAUUCACUGUUAUUCAAAGUCUUCGCGACAAAAAUAUUUCGCUUUCUACAAUAUAUUAUACUAUAUUCAUGGAUUUUACGACUGACAUCUCAAAAACAUUCAAUUCUUACAUAAAAAUUAGCCUCAGAAGUCAUGUGAGUGCUUUACCUUUAAAUAAUCUCAUACAAACAAUGUAUGCAGUAACACAAAACAUUACCUACUGGGAUAGAUUCUAAUCUGUGAAAAUUGAGUCAGAUGAAUUAAAUUCCGUUGCAACUUUCUUUUUACGCACUUUUAAUCUUUUCUGGUUGUUCUUUUAAGUAUUUAAAGUUGAGUUUUAGUAGUUGAAUAUCUAGUAAAUUUUGAAAGUAAUGAACAAUUGUGUUUUUUUUUAAUUGUGAUUACAAUAUCAACAAAAUUAAUAGGGAUUUUUCUUUUUUUUCUGCAUAAUCGUCCAGGCCUGCGGACUUGUGAUGCAUGUUUGCAAUAAAGUGUGACAAUGAAAGCAGUACGUACUCCCUAUUGUAGGCAACUCGUAAUGCAUUAAACACAAAAAUGAGCUCAAUACAUGUGGCGGCAGAAUUUAUGUUCAUGUUUUGUGUCGACUAUAUAGCAUAUUUUGCAUAAGUUGUCAGGAACAAGAAGAGACGAUGUACCCAUGAAGAUUAUGUUGAUUGACAUAUCUUUCAUACACUCACAAAGCCACCCUUGUAUAUUUUUCAUCAGGCGUUUUCAGUUAUCAACAUGUCAUUAAAGCGCAUAUUCAUAUAUGUACUACUGUAAGGUACACUUUUAGGGUGUUGGUUGCCCUGUUUGUAAUAAAGAG